UCUUCCGGGAGCAAUUCUGGAAGCGGCCCGAUGGGCAGCCCGCCACGCGGGAGCACCUGCUGAUGGCCCUGGCCGACCUGGACGAGGUCCUCAUCCGCGCCACCCACUCCACGGACAUGCUUUCGGCAGGCAUCACUGGCGUCAGUAUGGAGACGGCGGUGCCCAACUACACCAGCCUGCCCCGGGCUCUGGAAGUGGAGGAAUGCCGCUGCCCGCCCGCGUACCAGGGCCUUUCCUGCCAGGACUGUGCGGCCGGCUACACCCGGACCGGCGGAGGGCUGUACCUGGGCCACUGCACGCUGUGUGAAUGCAACGGGCACUCGGAAUCCUGCCACCCUGAGACUGGCACUUGCUCGCACUGCCUGCACCAUGCAGCUGGAGAGUUCUGCGAACAGUGCGCCCCUGGCUACUACGGAGAUGCCACCGCUGGGACCCCCGAGGACUGCCAGCCGUGCGCUUGCCCAUUGCCAGAUCCUGAGAACCAAUUCUCGCGGACGUGCGAGAGCCUGGAGGGCGGUGGCUACCGCUGCACUGCCUGCGAACCUGGUUACGCUGGCCAGUAUUGCGAACAAUGUGCCUCUGGAUACACGGGCAACCCAAACAUCCAUGGGCAGAAAUGUCUUCCUUUGGGACCCCCCGAGCAGCCCCGCCUGGUCGUCCGAAUCCAUCCCUCCCGGACGGCUGUGUCCCAGGGCAGCGAAGUGACGCUGCGGUGCCAGGUCAGUGGGGAGCCGCCCCAUUUCUUCUAUUGGUCCCGUGAAGAUGGGCGUCCCGUGCCAAGUACUGCCCAGCGCAGGGAGCAAGGCGUCGAGUUGCACUUCGCUAGCAUCCGGCCUUCGGAGGCCGGUGUUUACGUCUGCACCUGCCGAAACCCCCACUUUACCAACUCCAGCCGCAGCGAGGUAGUCGUCACAGAAGGCCCCAGCAAGGCCAUCUCCGUGACGGUGGAAGAGCAGAGGGUGCAGAACGUGAAAGCCGGCAGCGACGUCACCUUCCUCUGCACGGCCAGGAGCAAGUCCCCCGCUUACACGCUGGUGUGGACACGGCAGAACAACGGGAAGCUGCCCAGCCGCGCCAUGGACUUCAACGGCAUCCUGACCCUCCGGAACGUGCAGCCGGAGGACGCCGGCAUCUACAUCUGUACAGGCUCCAACAUGUUUGACAUGGACGAGGGGAUGGCCACCCUCUACGUGCAAGCUCCAUCGAAGACUCAGAUGUUCUAUGGUCCCGUAGAAAUGGUGGAAGGCCACAGACCUU